UAGCUGCUUUUAUUUUGAAGGGCUACUGGUGAACAUCCGCCGUGUGCGCGGUGCCGCGGUGCGCGUUGACGCAGCGGGUGGCGGCUGGUGCGUCAGGAGGAGACGGAGAUGCCAUAACAGCAGCAGCGGCAGCGUCAGCCUCCCUGUCCGCUAUCUACGGUUCUCCGCUCCGCAGGCCCCGGGACGGAGCUCAUGCUUUGUCCGCCUCGUAGCGCGUCAGUCCGGGUUUCGAUCGGCGGAGAGAAGCGGAGGAGCAGCAGCAUCUGGAGGUAAGAGGAUGCUCUGGGGUUUCCCAGCAGGCCAGUGAAGAUGAGUGUGACGUCCUGGUUCCUGGUUAGCAGCUCCGGCACUCGGCACCGUCUCCCCAAAGAGAUGAUCUUUGUGGGCCGAGAGGACUGUGAGCUGAUGCUGCAGUCUCGCAGCGUCGACAAACAACAUGCUGUCAUCAAUUACAACCCGACAACAGACGAACACCUGGUGAAAGAUCUGGGCAGCCUGAACGGGACAUUUGUAAACGACCUGAGGAUUCCCGAUCAGACCUACAUAACCCUCAAACUGUCUGACAUCAUCCGCUUCGGAUACGAUUCUCAUGUUUACGUUCUGGAGAAAAGUCAGCACAAAGUCCCCGAGGAGGCUCUGAAGCAUGAGAAAUACACCAGUCAGCUGCAGAUGAGUCUGAAGGCGACGGAGAGCAAACGAAAUGAAGCUGAGGAAAGAAACCGAACGGAGAAAACGCAGAGCACAAAAACUCAAGAGGUCCCAGCGUGUCGUCCCACUCCUCUGUAUGGUCAGCCAUCCUGGUGGGGAGAGGAGGAUUAUGGGAAUAAAGUCCAGACCAGUGAUGAGUCUCAUUCAGAUGUGCACAAAGAUGGUCCGACCGUGGAAACAGACUUUCCCGGGUCUCUGUCGGAUCAAAAUUCUGUGUUCCCUUCAUACCACCGUGAGCCAAGCUAUUUUGAGAUCCCCACCAAAGACUUCCACCAGCCCAAAACCACAGGGGCGGAGCUUCACGAGAUCCCCACCAAGGACACAGACCCACCCCCUGGCCCAGCCCCAGCCUCCCCACUAACCCCCACUCCCCCUGUGGUCCAGAGCCACGCCUCCUUCACUAUUGAGUUUGACGACUGCACACCUGGCAAGAUCAAAAUCAAAGAUCAUGUGACCAAGUUCUCCACACGACAGAGGAAGCAGCAGACUCCGCCCACCAAGGCCACACCCACUGCACCAGCUGAGUUAUUGUCAGCAGAGAGCAAGGUGGCUGAUUGGCUGGUACACAGUGAUGUCAGUAUGAUGAGACGGCGUCCGACAUGUGAAGAUGUUUACAGCACAAAGAGUGACCUCGCCAUGAACAUCAAGACACUCAAAGGUCACCAUCAUGACGAUGGGACCCAGAGUGACUCCGAGGACCCAGUUCUCAAGGGGAGGCGGAGCAAAUCCCACCAUUCUGUCCAGUCUGAGAUGUCUGAUGUGUCUCAGCAGACGGUCCAGUCAGGACACUGCCUACCACCCAGUACUGUACUGCAGUACUCUCCACCCAAAGCAGGUCACACCUCCCCCGUUGCCCCCGAGCAGCCCCUGUCCCAGAGCCCUCCUCAGCCUCAGUCUCCUCCUGCAGAGGCCCCGAAGCAGGGGCCCCCAGAGCACCUCACCCAGCAGGCCUUCAUCAUCGAGUUCUUUGAUGACAACCCCCGAAAGAAGCGAUCACAGUCCUUCACGCACAACCCUGCCCACGCAGACUCCUACUCCGCCCUCAAGGCCAAGCUGGAGCGAAGAAAAGGGGGUGAGCGGCCGGCAUCAGUGCACGGCCACAUCCCUCCCACCCAGCAGGUGACUGUUCCUCUAAAGGGCCAGGGCCAUGCUGGCCCCCAAAGGUCCAGUUCUCUGAAGAGGGAGAAGACGGAGGGGGAGGCGGCCUCAUCAGGCUCCUCCUCCCGAUCCUCCUCAGGCAUCAUCAUCCGACCGUUUGGCAGCGUUGGGAAGAAGUCAAAGCUGGCUCAGGAGUUUGCAGCUGAGUUCCUAAAGGACUCUGGUCCUCAUGACUCCUCCCCAACCCGGGACAAGACAUCACCCCCUCCCAUGUCUGCACCACCGGUUAUGGUGUCACCUCCUCAUGUUAGAAUCCCAUCCCCUCAAGAACCCCCAGCCCCUUCCUCAGUGUCCUACCCCUCUUCCCCCUUACAACCUCCUGCCAUCAAGUCCUCCACACCUGCAUCAUCGGGUCCCAGUGCCACCAGUCAGACCACAGACCCCAUCCACACCUCUGCACCCCCAGUGUCCACCAUGAUGCCCCUGGGUGUCCGUGGAGGAGACCCCAGAGGCCCCCAGAGGACGGUGAGGAACGAGGAGGAUGACAGCCUGAGCGAUGCUGGGACCUACACCAUCGAGACGGAAGCCCAGGACAAAGAGGUGGAGGAGGCUCGCAACAUGAUUGAUCAGGUGUUUGGUGUCCUGGACUCUCCAGAGUACAGUGGUGUGAACACAGGAGUGUAUAGGCCUGUAAUCAAUGAAGGACAGGAUGAGCAGGAUAACCUGCCUAGUGACGGUAGCGCUCUGGACCCGUUGCAUGGCUUUAUCCCAGCUGCUCUCAGCGGCCCCCCUUCUGGCCCCCCCUCAGGGCCCAUACAGGUUCCCUCUGCUCUGGAAGGACCUAAGUGGGUUUCCCGUUGGGCCAGUCUAGCAGACAGCUACGCUGAACCUGGUUCCACUCCACCUCAAGGGGAAUGUUUAGAAGAUUUACGCUUCAUGAGUCGGUCGAUGGGAAGUUACAGCUACGAUAACUCGGAGUCUGAGUCCAGCCACAGCUCCAGGACCAGAAGGCUUCUCCCUCAGGUGCCUCCUGAAAAGCUGGAUGGCACCACUCCAAGUAUCCUGAUCCGUCAUGAAUCUUACCAAAGGCAAGAACCACUGGACAGAACCCCAGGUCCUCCCCAAACACAAGACUCAACCCAGCACCUGUCUGUCCAGGAUGACGUAGACCCUGACAGCCUGAGCGAUGCCAGCCGUUCAGAUGAUGCCCCAGUUCAGGAGAGAUCUAAGAAGAGUCAGACCCGGGGUGGUGCAGUGUCUCCAGGAGGUGUUGUUUCUCACAUUAAGAGUCAGGAGAAAGUGUCUCCCUCCACAAAAUCCACCUCUUUCUACAUUGGGUCAGACAGUCCAGGCAAAUCUGACCAGGCCCGGAGCCCAGUGCAGUCUGACAGGACACGAGAGCCCCCAGCAAAAACCCCUCCGACCACAGUCCUGAUCCGACACCUGAGCAGCCAUGAGCCCAGGAGGAUGGGAGUCAAACCAAACAGCUCGGCACCAAACCUUCAAACACAGGACAAGGACUCUGUGCCCAGUAAAGACAGCUGUGCAUCAUCGUUUGUCCGACAGGAGAGUUUCACCAAAGAUCGACCUAGUGACACUGUCCAGAUGAAGAAGCUUCCCCACAUCUCCAGCCACCCUUCCAUUCGAGACAUGGAGCAAAGACGGGAGAGCAUCCCAGACUCGCAGAGCUUCCUUCAGGAGACUCUCUCUUCUCUGGAAACCAAGCUGCCCUCUUCGGGCUCUGGUCGUAGCUCAAAGAAAGGGGGCUCCUCCAGCCACAUGGAUGACUCCCUGUCUGGAGAGUCAGAUGUGGACACAGCAAGCACAGUGAGCCAGGUCAGCAGCAAAAAUGCUCCAGUCAGCUCUGCUUCUAAAAAGCGUCCGACUAUCAGCAGCCUCCAAAAGGAGAAAUCCUCGUCCAGUCCAUCCAUCCAAGAGAAGGGACGCCAGCUGUCUGCCCGAGAACGCCUGUCUGAAAAACGGCGAAACCAGGCAGCCACAGAUUCAACCAGCAAAGCAGAAGCAGCAAAGCGCUUCCAGAUGCGCCGCAGUGCAGGAAACCGCGGCUCUCUGGAUCUGUCUGAAGGCCAGCAGGGUUCUGGUCCACACUGGGCCGAAACUACAUCCUCUGACCAUGAAAUCUCCCGUCCGUCCAGUCGGAGCAAGAAGAUCAUUGCCCCCCUUCAGAAAGAGGACAAUGGAAAGACGCCCAAGACAGCGACUCAGCAGGUCCUGACCCGUUCAAACAGCCUAUCAGCUCCACGACCCACACGGGCCUCCAUGCUGCGCCGGGCUCGCUUGGGUGAGGCCUCAGACAAUGAAGGUGCUGAGACCGACCGGGGUUCCCAGAACUCUGACCACAUCACAGCUCCGUCCAAAGGCUCGGCCGAGGGGAAGAAGCUGUCCCGGCUGGACAUCCUGGCCAUGCCUCGGAAAAGGACGGGCUCAUUCACAACCCCCAGUGACAACGAGACCUCCUCCACCACUCGGUCUGGUUUGUCCAACCGAAACUCAGAGUCUACCACCACUGCAAGGAAGACUUCGGUAGGAGAUGCUCGACAGGCAGCCAGCAGAGGAGGAGCUCCACCGAAGCAGACCUUGACUCGAACCCGGUCCAGCGGAGCCAAAUACCCCAGCACUGGUUCACGUCGGAGGCAGAAGGGUUCGGACUUCUCCUCCUCCUCUGAGGAAGAAUUUGAGUCAGCCACCGGCACCCCUAAAGCCAAGCGCUCGUCCCAUCCCUCCACCUCGUCCCAGACUCCCCGUGGACACAGGACGGCCCCCACCCGCUCCAAGUCUGUCUCACUGGAAACCGAGGAGGACGAGGACCAGAAUGAUGUGGACCCCUACCAGAACUGGUCCACGCACAGCGCCGAGAUUGCUAAACUCAGUCAGGAUCUGGCCAAAGACCUGGCCAUCCUUGCAAAGGAGAUCCACGACGUAGCCGGGGACGGAGACUCGCCGAGCUCCGGUAUGGGCACCACCACAUCGCCUGGAUCACUUCCCAACACACCGGCCUCCACCAUCUCCGCCCGGGAGGAGACGCCAUCUUUUCCAUAUUUACUGGGGGUUCGACCAUCUCAGCUGGUCCAGCAUAUCCCUGAGGCCAGUUUAAACUACCAGAAGGUUCCUCCAGGUUCUGCUACCUUCUCGGACCUGGACGCAAACAUGAAUGAGCCCGAGCCCGGUUCUAAGCAGCGCCGUCCGUGGAACCGCGAAGAGGUGAUUCUGGACAACCUGAUGCUGAAUCCAGUGUCUCAGCUGUCUCAGGCCAUCCGGGAGAACACAGAGCAGCUGGCUGAAAAGAUGAAGGUUUUGUUCCAGAACAAGGCGGAGGUUUGGGAGGAGAUCGAGGCAAAAAUCAACGCUGAGAAUGAAGUCCCCAUCCUGAAAACCUCCAACAAGGAAAUUACCUCCAUCCUUAAAGAGCUGAGGAGAGUCCAGAGGCAGCUCGAAGUUAUAAACACCAUUGUAGAGCCCGGUGGGAGUCUACAGACGGCCGCUGCAGGGAUGUCGUCUCUCAGCCAGACUCGAGUUUCCUCCAAAGACAAAAAACCUGCCUCCAAAUCCCGUGGAACCCCUUCAACCUCCAACGCCAAUGAAAGCACCAAGAGACCACCUCGUGGACCCGACGGGGGCCACUACAUGGCCUGAGCGGCUAACGUAGCACCUGUGGACCGAACCUGAGCAUCCACGUCCACUGCAGCCUCACCGGCAGACCUGAUGAUGAUGAAGUCCCGGAAAACAAAGAAACAGGCUCGGUUUGUUUCCACCAGGUCUGUAGUCAGUCUUUCAGGUCUGGACCAGUUCUGGAUCAGUUUUUGGUUUGGUUCAGUCCUACUUUUCUUAUUCUUUAUCAGUUCUCUUACUGUUUUCCAAUCAGUUUCUCUUUGUAGAAUGUUUUUCAUCGUGUUUCUUCUGCCUUUGGAAGUUUGGGCCUCAUCCAUCGUGACUCCAUAGACUUCGAUCUUAAUAAAAGCCUGAACAGACGUUUAAGUGUUUGUGAAGAGAUGAUCAACAUGUUUCCACCAUUCACAUUGAUGUGAAAUGGACUUGAUGCUGCUUUAUUCCGGUGCCUCAGAGGCCUGAACAAAAAUUAAAACUAUGUAAAUUUGUUUCAGGUUUUUAAAAUAGAAUCUAUUCCUGUCACAUGAUCAGAGAAACAACAACUAGUCAGUCAUAAUGUGUAGAGUUAUAUGAACAAGAUAAUGAUAAUGUAGCAGAUGCAGUGUCAUAGACACUCAGAAAUAAAAACUCAUUAUAAAACAUGACAAAAAAACCCCUCUGCAUUGAAUUUAAUGACUUUAAUGUUACAUAACUGUUAAUAUAUGAUAUACCACAAAUUUUCCAUCGUCACAGAAAAAUGUACAAACAUCUAAAUAUGUAAAUAAGUGUAAAGUUCAACUGGUUCAUAUAUGAUGUUUCCUUCACUUCAGAUUUUUGUUGAACAGUGAAUGAUUUUUGUUCAUUUUCUUUCCGUUGAAUAAGACUCAAGACUUAAUUCAACAAAGAAAGAGAUGCAACAAAAUGAAAUCGAUGUAUAAAAAAACUAGAAGAAAACAAACACAGCACAAAAACAUAAAAACUGAGAACAUGAACACAAUAAACCCUAAGGACUAAAGAUAAGUGUAUAGUUUGACAAUAAACCUCACCUUUGGCUGUAAUCCAGACUAGUCCAGACCUGAACCUGAACAGAUCCUCCAAACCAAACAUUAAACCAAACCUCCCAGACCAGAGUUCAGGAUCUGGUGGUGUUUGGUUUGCGUGAUGGUUACUGGAUGCUCAUGUGGCUUUGGCCAACGUGGCAUUUGUCUGCAGGAGGUCUGGAUGCUCAGAAACGUCCAGACUGAAGCCGUCAUCCAGUCAUUUACCGUGAAGACCUGACAUGUAGAACUGCUUCCACAUCGCACAAGCUGAACUGAACGUAAGCUACAAACCCUUUGCUGAUGAUGUUGUAUCGACAAACUGUGCUUUGAUAAUCUAUUGUUGCAUUUAAAGGGAUGAUAGAUUGUGUUUUUUUUAUUUCUGAGGAGAAGCUUCACUUGUAAAUGUUAAAAUAUGUAACGUUUUACUUGACUGAAUGUGUCAGAGAUGUUAGACUUUUCUUUGUCGCUGUGAAACUGCUUCAGAUCUGCUGUCGCUGAAUGUCGCUGAAUGUCAGAGAAUCUUUUAUUUGCUAACCACAGAUCAGCUCCAUGUUAAAGGAAAUGUAAAGUCCUGAUGGUCCUUAAACGCAUCGCCUUUCUGAAUUAUAACGAAUGACACUCGACGAUCUGGCGUCUCUUGAAGAAGCCGGAGCUGUGAACAGAAGCUGUACCACGUUCGCUUUCAGACUGUUUCAGACUGUUGUGUUCAUGUCUCAACUUUUCUCCUGCUGAAUGAUGACAUGCAGAACAUUCAGAGGAAACCAGAGGACGCUGCAUUCAUGAGUACUGUCAAUAAAACACUACUGCUGUGUAACAACACUUUAAACAGAUAAAAACAAAGCUGCAGAGUCUGAUACAAGUAGUUCAAUAGUAAGUCUUUAUGACACUGUAUUUAGUCCCUCUUCAAGUUGGAGAAUUGGACUUAAUGGAGGUAAAAGUUCAUUUUUUCCAAUCUCAGCCUUAUUUGUUGUUAAGACCUCAUUAUUUUUGUUUCAUUACUGAUGUCAUUUCUUGUUUUUUUUGGUUUUUUUUGUUUUUUUUUUGACUGUAUCUACUUAUCACAUAGAGCCCAAAUCCAAAUGCCCUCUGUGUCUGUGAGGAUAAUUAAAACUCAUGAAAGAUCCAAAGUGGUAAAACUUGGAUGUGGUAAAAUGGAUCAGCAGAGCCCUGUAGAAAUGUGUAGACUUAGACGUACCAAAUUUCGUCUACUUGUUUAACAGGUCUAGACGCUUUUUUGGAGCUAAACCCUAAACCCAACAGGAAGUACACCAUUUUGGUUUGAAUAUGCAACAUAUGUCUUGUUUUUGCCAUUUUCAACCAAUGCACCAUGAAAGCAUGAAGUAAUAUUAAGGUUCGCUCACCUUCCAAAAUGAGGCCAGGUCUGAAGAUGUCUACAAGGUCACAAUGAAUGUUGUAGGUCUCCCCACCCCACCACCUCAACAUUUGCAAAGAUACAAGGGUCUUAUCCAAAUUGGACCAAAUGUUCAACUAUUCUAAUACUCGUUUGGAGGAUAGACAAUAGGCUUCCAAUUUUAACACUGAAUAUUCCACUUUCCACUCUGAGAUUCUUGCUGUGUGGAAUUGUGUCUAUGUUUAAUUCAUUUCACCUUUGAAAUGAAUUCAUUUUUGUUAAAGUAAAAUACCUGCAUGAGGCUUCACAUUAAUGUACCACAUACAAAAGUAGAUCUGCAGAAACUCGCUUUUAUUUGCAAAGAGUAAAUGCACGUAGAAGAAAUGGAAACACCGAAAUAAAUUGUGAUGUAGCAAACAUUUAAUUGCAGCUGACUGAUCAGCUGUUUGCUGCAUCUUCCCAGAUUUUCCAAAUUCCAAGACCAUAUUAUUCCUCUGUCUUAUGUGUGAAAAAAGGAAACACCAUCUCUGCCUCUUCUACUGUUUAUUAGGUCUAUGUCUAAUGUAGCCUACAGUGCCACCUAUUGGACACAGUGCAGCCUAGAUUAUUGUGUCAUUUUAUAGAAAUGCACAUGAUUGGUGUGUUCAUUUUUGCAACUUUUCAAGUGUGCUUCAUAUUGUCUGGACAUUUUCGGGAAAUACAGUUACUUCAUUAAAAACAGAUCUGAGUUACAUUUGAGCAAAAACAGCCUUAUUCUCAGUGUUUCUCAUCCACAGAUGAUAUUAAUAUUGUGGAGUUUAGUUUUACUACUGAGUUUCUGAAAGAAUAUGGGUCUGUAUUUUCAGCAGAUUCAAAUUAUCCAUUAAACAUUCAGUUUAGAAUUCUGUCACUUGUAUCUAAAGCAUCGCCCAAUCCUCCCUCCACCAUUGUUUGUCUGAAAUAUUACACAUCAGUCAGAGCAGCUGUUUCUAUAUUAAAUAAUCAAGUUGCAUAAUAAUCUGAUUAAUAGUUUUAAACCUUUAAAUCUCCUGUAGAAACCUCUUCUAUAUAACACUGCUUUAAUUUGUCAUUUCAGUGUAAAACAUCAAGUAUUUAUUUUAUUAUGGAGAGUAAUGCCUGUCAGACAAAGAGCGGGGUUUAAUUCACCUUACAGCCCUUAUGUAAACUGGAACAGAUUUACGUCCAUGUAAGUCUGAAUCAUGUGACAGUUUGAGGCUCUUAUUUUCAAAGGUGCAUGUUUUCUGUGUGACUACAGGUGAAUCAGAGGCGAAGUCACAUCUGUCAUUCAGACCUAUUUCUUACUGGGUGUUUUUCUGCAGCUGUCAGAAUGUACUGAGUUUCCUUUCAUGCAGUGCAUGUCAAAGCAGAGAAGCUGUAAAACAUGUAUGUUUCACCUUUUUAAUACAUCUGAACAUGUGACCUCCUGCAACCAAUCAACUGACAGGACUCUGCAGCUGUAAACCCUCCUCAGUUUAUUCAUUUACUGAUAUUUGAUUUGCAGAUAUUUGGACUCAUGUUCAUUACAGGAUUUCUUUGUGUCAUUUGUAAUAAACUGACUUCCAUGCA